AGAAAAAUGACCGUAGUUGAUUGUGAUUUAAAUGGAACACGUGAAGGAGAAUGCACGUAAUAUGCUUGCGGUGUCGGUUGUCAAGCACCUUUAUUAAAUUUGGAAUUUUCAGAAAACACAGCUUAAGUGUUGAUCAAACUGGUGAAAUAAAAGUCGAGAGUCUUCAACGUCCGUACAGCCGGGGCGUGGAAAGGCAGCCAUUGAAAAAGCAGAUAUCCAAAAUUGUUCUAAGUCAUUUUGAUCAGCAAUAUCCAAAAGAACUGGGCAAUCUUUGGGAGUCGAUACGAAGUGUGCUUCUGUGUCCUAAUAGCUGGCAGUAUGCUGUCUUGUUGAACAGAUUUAAUGGCAGUUUGGAUUUAAAGACAUGUCUUAGCUCAAAGGGCUAUGUUCCUCUGCAGUCCAUCAUUUCCGGACAUCAAAAGAACCCUUUGGAAUGCUUUGUCAGUAAGACCUUUUCAAGGUUUCCUUCUCAGAAGCACCGUCCUGGAGUGCUCAAGCAAUACUAUCUGUUGGGAGCUGCUUCGGUUUUACCUGUUCUGGCUCUAGAACCUCAGAAUGGUGACAAAAUAUUGGACAUGUGUUCAGCUCCAGGAGGCAAAUCCAUUGCUAUAAUGCAAGCAGCUCUUCCAGGUCAUCUUCAUUGCAACGACCAAGACAGUUCUAGAGUGAAACGGCUCAAAGAGACACUGGAAUCAUUUAUACCUUCCUGCUUUAAUGAUGCAGUUACUGUCUCUAAUCUGGAUGGAAGGUGCUUUGGAGCCGAAGAGACUUUUGAUAAGGUAUUAGUGGAUGCUCCCUGUUCUAAUGAUCGAAGCUGGCUUUUCUCCAGAGAUGCUCAAUCUCAUAUUAGACAGAGACAACACCUACCUACUUUGCAGAUACAAUUGCUCAGGUCAGCCAUCAACUCAGUGCGCCCUGGCGGAACAGUAGUUUACUCAACAUGUACACUUUCAAGGGCUGAGAAUGAAAAUGUUGUAGCAACAGUGCUAUCCAAUUGUGACAACAUCGAGCUUAUAGAUCUCAACAGCCUCACUGCUUCCAUGUCAGUGCACUUCUGCUAUGCACCUGGCCUUCACAUUGGACACUUGAUUAUUCCAGAGAAUUCCAGACCCUGGGGACCAAUGUAUGUCGCUAAGCUCAAGAAGCUCUACUAAACUGAUUUUGUUCUAUUUAUUUUUCAUCUUAUCAUCAUUUCUACUCGCACUGUACUACUUGUAGCCAGUACUUUUGGAACAUUAACACUAGAAUUACCAGAGCCUACGAAAACACUCGUAGAUCCGUCCCACCUUAAAUCGCUUCUUAAAACC